AUGGCGGUGGAGCAGCGGGCGCUUGCACCUUUGAAGCUUCGUUCUCACGGGGUCACCCUUGGGUGGAUGCGCCAUGAUGAGCGAUACACAUCGUAUGUAAGGGAGACAGGACUUCUCCCUUUCAUUCAUAUGGUCAGACGGUUGACGCCACCCAACAAUGCUCCAGCACUCACCGCGCUUAUUGAUCAUUGGCGGCCGGAGACACAUAGUUUCCAUCUACGGACCGGGGAGAUGACAGUGACGCUCCAGGAUAUUGCUAUGAUCACCGGUCUUCCUAUCGAUGGGAAUCCUCUAUGUAUGAGCACCGACUCCGAUGGGUGGCGCGCGCAGAUGCAUGCCCUUAUCGGUAUGGUUCCUCCGGAGCCUCCGGAACCAGCAGCAGAAAACAAGAAGAAGGAAAGAGUCGCAGCCGGUGCUACUUUCACGUGGAUUACUGAGCACUUUGGUACUUGCCCACCGGAAGCUGAUGAGGACACGGUCAAGAUAUAUGCUCGUGUCUACAUGUGGUAUGUGAUAUCCAGGACUAUGUUUGCUGAUGGCACAGGCAAGAAUGCUCCAUGGAUGUGGCUGAAGGCGUUGACCGUCUUCGAUAGCAAAUGGAGUUGGGGUUCGGCGACACUGGCUUACUUGUAUAGACAGUUGGACGAAGCCUGUUGUAGGUCAUCUUGA